AUGAGGAAGUCCAGAUGCUCCGCGGCGCUGACGUCUUCCGCGGUGGCUCCGGCCACGGAACCCAACGCCAUGGGCCCGAAGGAGGUGGAGCUCACUCUGCUCAAGGAGCAAAACGGGGUGCAGCUCACUAGCUCCGCCCUCAUCCCCCCACCGCACGGCGCGGUGGAGACCCAAGAGCGGGAGACCUGGGGCAAGAAAGUCGACUUCCUCCUCUCCGUGAUCGGCUUCGCGGUGGACCUGGCCAACGUCUGGCGGUUCCCUUACCUCUGCUACAAAAACGGCGGCGGUGCCUUCCUGGUCCCCUACCUGUUGUUCAUGGUCAUUGCGGGGAUGCCGCUCUUCUACAUGGAGCUGGCCCUCGGGCAGUUCAACCGAGAAGGGGCGGCCGGCGUCUGGAAGAUCUGCCCCAUCCUGAAAGGAGUGGGCUUCGCGGUCAUCCUCAUCUCCCUGUACGUCGGCUUUUUCUACAACGUCAUCAUCGCCUGGGCGCUGCACUACCUCGUCUCCUCCUUCGCCCUGGAGCUGCCCUGGGUGCACUGCAACAACAGCUGGAACAGCCCCCACUGCGCCGACGCCCACCCCGGCAGCGCCAACGGCUCCUUCAGGGCCACGCCCGCCGCCGAGUACUUCGAGCGCGGCGUGCUGCACCUGCACGAGAGCCACGGCCUCGGCGACCUGGGCCCUCCCCGCUGGCAGCUCACGUCCUGCCUGGCGCUGGUCAUCGUGCUGCUCUACUUCAGCCUGUGGAAGGGGGUGAAGACGUCCGGGAAGGUCGUGUGGGUCACAGCCACCAUGCCCUAUGCCGUCCUCACGGCCCUGCUGCUACGUGGCAUCACCCUCCCCGGGGCCAUCGACGGCAUCCGUGCCUACCUGAGUGUCGACUUCUACCGGCUCUGCGAGGCGUCCGUCUGGAUCGACGCUGCCACCCAGAUCUGCUUCUCGCUGGGCGUUGGGUUCGGCGUGCUCAUCGCCUUCUCCAGUUACAACAAAGUCACCAACAACUGCUACAGGGACGCCGUCAUCACCACCUCGGUCAACUCCCUCACCAGCUUCUUCUCGGGCUUCGUCAUCUUCUCCUUCCUGGGGUACAUGGCCCAGAAGCACAGCGUGCCCAUCGGGGACGUGGCCAAGGACGGCCCCGGGCUCAUCUUCAUCAUCUACCCCGAGGCCCUGGCCACGCUCCCGCUCUCCUCGGCCUGGGCCGUGGUCUUCUUCGUCAUGCUGCUCACGCUGGGGAUCGACAGUGCUAUGGGCGGGAUGGAGUCGGUGAUCACGGGCCUGACGGACGAGUUCCAGCUGCUGCACCGGCACCGCGAGCUCUUCACCCUCCUCAUCGUCCUGGCCACCUUCCUGCUGUCCCUGCUCUGCGUCACCAGCGGCGGCAUCUACGUCUUCACCCUGCUGGACCACUUCGCAGCUGGCACGUCCAUCCUCUUCGGGGUGCUCAUCGAAGCCAUCGGGGUGGCCUGGUUCUACGGCGUCGGGCAGUUCAGCGACGACAUCAAGCAGAUGAUCGGACAGCGGCCCGGCCUGUACUGGCGGCUGUGCUGGAAGUUCGUCAGCCCCUGCUUCCUCCUGUUUGUGGUGGUGGUCAGCAUCGUGACCUUCAGGCCCCCACACUACGGCACCUACGUCUUCCCCGACUGGGCCACCGCGCUGGGCUGGACCAUUGCCGCCUCGUCCAUGUCGAUGGUGCCCAUUUAUGCCGCCUACAAGUUCUGCAGCCUGCCUGGGUCCUUCCGAGAGAAACUGGCCUACGCCAUCACGCCCGAGAAGGACCGCGAGCUGGUGGACGGCGGGCAGAUCCGCCAGUUCACGCUCCGCCACUGGCUAAUGGUUUAAAGAAGAAUGAAGAUGGAAGGCCCGUGGAAAAGUCAUCUCUCAACACAGGAGAGGUGCAAAGAAGAAGGGGACUUUAAGCUUAGAGGAAAGGAGAGAUGCUUAUACUAUUUAACCUCUACCUUACUGGGGAAAAAAGGCUUUUAUCUGACUGUUUACACACUGUCCAUGCCAUGGGAGCAACGGCUCCCCGUCUGUCCUGUGUUGGUGUAAUAGCUAAACCUGUGUGCCGAGGCUCAGCGCCCAGCCCCUGGCCCCGCAGUGUAGACUGGCCUCUAACGUCGUGUUCUAUUUAUGUAGCGUUGAGUCCCCACCCCCUGCACCUGACCUCCAGACUGUCCUAGGGGCACGGGUCUCACUUGUCGUUUGUGGGUUUUGAGGAAAAGAACAUGAUAAAUAGGGACACUCUGUACUGAAAAUCCAAGUGCUCAUAAUAGCUUCCUGGAUCAUUUAUUUCACUCAUAUUAAAA